UGCGGAAGUUUAAAGACAUGGCCUUUCAAUAACUGAGGUUCUUUUCACGUGCAGAAAUCCUACAAGGAGCUGUGCGGUUCAGCAACAACCCAGUCCUCUGCAACGUGGAAACCAUCCAGUGGCGGGAUAUCGUUGACAGCGAUUUUAUAAGCAAUAUGUCGAUGGACUUCCAGAACCAAGCGGGCAGUUGCCAAAAGUGUGACCCAGACUGUCCCGAUGGAAGUUGUUGGGGUCCGGGAAAGGAGAAUUGCCAGAAAUUGACCAAAAUCAUCUGUGCUCAGCAGUGUUCUGGGCGCUGCCGUGGCAGGUCCCCCAGUGACUGCUGUCACAACCAAUGUGCUGCCGGCUGCACUGGGCCCCGUGAGAGCGACUGCCUGGUCUGCCGCAGGUUCCGGGAUGAGGCCACAUGCAAGGACACCUGCCCCCCACUCAUGCUCUACAACCCCACCACCUACCAGAUGGAUGUCAACCCAGAGGGAAAGUACAGCUUUGGUGCUACAUGCGUGAAGAAAUGCCCCCGUAACUACGUGGUGACAGACCACGGUUCGUGUGUCCGUGCCUGCAGUUCUGAUAGCUACGAGGUAGAGGAAGACGGUGUCCGCAAAUGCAAAAAGUGUGAGGGGCCUUGCCGCAAAGUGUGUAAUGGAAUAGGAAUUGGUGAAUUUAAAGACACACUUUCCAUAAAUGCUACAAACAUUAAACACUUCAAAAAUUGCACCUCAAUCAGUGGAGACCUUCAUAUCCUGCCCGUAGCAUUUAGAGGUGACUCCUUCACGCGUACUCUACCUCUCGAUCCAAAGGAACUGGAUAUUCUAAAAACUGUAAGGGAAAUAACAGGGUUUCUGCUGAUUCAGGCCUGGCCCGAAAACAGGACUGACCUCCAUGCUUUCGAGAACCUAGAAAUCAUACGUGGAAGAACAAAGCAACAUGGUCAGUUUUCUCUUGCAGUCGUCGGCCUGGACAUAACGUCCUUGGGAUUACGCUCCCUCAAGGAGAUAAGUGACGGAGAUGUGAUCAUCUCAGGAAACCAAAAACUGUGCUAUGCAAAUACAAUAAACUGGAAAAAACUAUUUGGGACUUCAAGUCAGAAGACCAAAAUUAUAAACAACAAAGAUGAAAAAGGCUGCAAGGCCAUCGGCCACGUCUGCCAUCCCUUAUGCUCAUCAGAGGGCUGCUGGGGCCCAGAGCCCAAAGACUGUGUGUCCUGCCGAAAUGUCAGCCGGGGCAGGGAAUGUGUGGAGAAGUGCAAUGUUCUGGAGGGGGAGCCAAGGGAGUUUGUGGAGAAUUCCCAGUGCAUACAGUGCCAUCCAGAAUGCCUGCCCCAGGCCAUGAAUAUCACCUGCACAGGACGGGGCCCAGACAGCUGUGUGAAGUGUGCUCACUACAUCGACGGCCCUCACUGCGUCAAGACCUGCCCGGCUGGCGUCAUGGGAGAGAACAAUACCCUGGUCUGGAAGUUUGCCGAUGCCAACCUCGCCUGCCAUCUGUGCCAUUCCAACUGUACCUACGGUUGUGCUGGGCCAGGUCUUGAAGGCUGUGCAAGAAACGGGCCCAAGAUCCCAUCCAUUGCCACUGGCAUUGUGGGUGGCCUCCUCUUGGUGGUGGUGGUGGCCCUUGGGGUGGGCCUCUUUUUGCGCCGGCGCCACAUCGUCCGGAAGCGCACGCUUCGUAGGCUGCUGCAAGAAAGAGAGCUUGUUGAGCCUCUUACACCCAGCGGAGAAGCUCCCAACCAAGCUCUCUUGAGGAUCUUAAAGGAAACAGAAUUCAAAAAGAUCAAGGUGCUGGGCUCUGGAGCGUUCGGCACGGUGUACAAGGGACUCUGGAUCCCGGAAGGUGAGAAGGUUAAAAUUCCCGUGGCCAUCAAGGAAUUAAGAGAAGCCACAUCUCCAAAAGCCAACAAGGAAAUUCUUGAUUUGGUAUAAUUCCCUCAGGCUUUCUCCUAUAGAGAAGAGUCGCGUCUUCCAUUCUACUCUCUAUCUCUCCCAAAAGGAUAGAAACUCACAAUCGUUGGAUGUCCACCAAGGGCCAGUCUCAGGACUAGUUCUUUGCACACACUACCACAGUGAACUCUCCUGACCAGCCUGUGGUAUGGGCGUUACGCUCAGUAUGCUUUGGAAGCAUUAAGAAGCUUGCUCACACUUACGUGGUUGGCAUAGGAUUCCAGCCCAUUGCUGUUUCUGCCUCUGAAAUGCAUGUCCAUUUUGCUCCACCAAGUUAUCUUUGAAAUGGUUUUUUUUAAAGGUGCCUAGGAUUACAAUAUGAUGCUCUAUAAACUCUAUAAACUGUUGCCCAUCUUCUGUACUUUCCCCCCAAAUAAUGUAUAUGUUAUUUCCAGUGUCCUUUGCUAGUUUAUGGAGUGUCUUUGGAAUGU